AACUUGCAUUGAGUGUGGUUAAGAGCUGCCUUCCAGGAAGUCAAGUGGUGGUGGUGAAAAGUGCUCUGUGACAUGAGGGCGGUGGAAACUCUUCUCGUCGUGCUUGCAGUUCUCUCUGUGCAGGAAAAUGCCACUAGUAAGGGUCCCAUUCCUGGCUCACCUCAAAAGUCAGCAAUAAUGACCCCAGGGUUCGGAAUGCGAUGCUGAUUGGAAUCUAUGCGUUCAACAACCAGUCCAAUGACAAGUUCCUGUUCAAGGUGUCCCACAUCAAAGAUGCUCAUAUACAGAUUGUGAAGGGAAUAAAAUUUCUGUUGGAGGCAAAUAUCUCUCGCACCGUCUGCCUAAAGCGUGAGCCGAGCCCUGACCUGGAUAAAUGCAAUUUCCAGCCUCUAGGAAAACUGCAUAAGAUCUUUAACUGUCACUUUGAAGUGUGGGCCAUACCAUGGAAACACUGGAUGAAGAACAUCUUCUUUAUGUGCCACCCCUGAGCUUGACAGUUUACCACCAAAAAGGGAAAGGUGCUGCUUGGAGAGUUUUGUAUACCACUCUUCCACUCCACCACCUCGAGUGAAACUAAUACUUGCAUUGCCUUUCUCUUUAGCUAAUUUGCUGUUGAACAAACUUAUGCAAUUUAAUUUUUAUACUUUAUACUAAGCAUGGUGUAUAUGAUUUUGCACAGUAAUGCACAUGACCAUUUCAUACUCAUUCCUCGGGAGAAAACACUGACCACAUGUCUUGCCUUGACUUGUACUGGUAUCCUAAAGCAAAUGAAUCUUUUACUAAAA